AUGGAUCUGUCCCCAGUAGUGUACCUGGGACCCAGGUUAAGACUGGAAGGAAACUCAAAAUUCGCAAACCUGGACAGCAGUGUGAAAGAAAACCAGAAACAGAGUCAGAGGCGGCUUCAGCUCCAGAAGGAUAUGGGUGUGAUGCAGGGUACUGUGCCCUACCUGGGCACCUUCCUGACUGACCUGACCAUGCUUGACACUGCUCUUCAGGACUACAUUGAGGGUGGACUGAUAAACUUCGAGAAAAGGAGAAGGGAAUUUGAAGGGAUUGCCCAAAUAAAACUCUUACAGUCUGCCUGCAACAGCUAUUGCAUGACCCCAGACCAAAAGUUCAUACAGUGGUUCCAGAGGCAGCAGCUCCUAACAGAGGAGGAGAGCUAUGCCCUGUCGUGUGAGAUCGAAGCAGCUGCAGACGCCAGCACCACCUCGCCCAAGCCUCGGAAGAGCAUGGUGAAAAGGCUCAGCUUAUUGUUUCUGGGGUCAGACAUUAUCACCAGUAGCACUCCCACUAAAGAGCAGCCCAAGUCUACUGCCAAUGGGAGCCCUAGUGAAAGCAUGGACUCCGUCAGCGUGUUGUCCUGCGAGUCGAACCAUUCAGAGGCUGGCGAGGGCUCCAUUACUCCCAUGGACACACCUGAUGAGCCUCAAAAAAAGCUCUCUGAGUCCUCCUCAUCAUGUUCUUCUAUCCAUUCCAUGGACACAAAUUCCUCAGGGAUUUCGUCCUUAGUCAACCCCCUCUCCUCCCCUCCAUCCUGCAACAACAACCCUAAAAUCCACAAGCGCUCUGUCUCUGUGACGUCCAUUACCUCGACAGUGCUGCCUCCUGUUUACAACCAGCAGAAUGAGGACACCUGCAUCAUCCGCAUCAGCGUGGAGGACAAUAACGGCAACAUGUACAAGAGCAUCAUGGUGAGGAGCUCGUCCUGACCGGGGGGGCUUUCCAUGCAGGCUGUCGACCUGUGCCUGUCAGCCACGCAGACUGACACCCCUAGAUGUGUACAGUAUUAGCAUAUAUGUCUGUGCAUUCGCACAAAAUGAAUACGUAUAAAUACCAAAAUCUUCCUGU